AUGAACGGCGAGAUCGCCGCCGCCAAACCGCGGUUGGCUCCCCCGGCCUCCCGAAACAACUCCGCGUUGCAGGGCGCCACUAUCGCCUUUUCCAACUCCAAAGCAUCAUCCAAUGUGGCCUCACCACCCUCUGCCGCCGCCAGAGCCGCUGUAGCUAGCACUCUGAAUCGGCAUGCCGACCGUUGCCUCGAAAUGGAGUCUGAGAAUGCGCCCGUGGUGGGCUCCGUGAGGGACAAGAUUGGCUUGUUCGCAGCCAACAACACCCUGCCGCCGCCGAGAGCCGUGUCGAGAGGACGAACUCCGCCGCCAUCCGUCGGACAGAUUGCAGCGCGUCUUGCCAUCGAGAGGUCUCCUUCGAGGGUACAGCAAGCAACGGCCGCCGUGGCUGCCGCCAAGAUCAGUGCUGCGCGCAGCGCAAGCAGAAUGCAGUCGCAAGCACCCGAAGAACGACGAGAGCUACGCUCGCCCACUCCUAUUCGACCCAGAGAUACCGCUAAAGAGAACCCCGUCAAUGCCAUGCUUCGAGAUGGCCUGGCUCUUUCCGAGCCCGAAUCAGAACCCGAAUUAUACAAGAAACCCCCGUCUCUCCCACCUCGCGCAGCAAGCGUCCGCGUCCCGGCGACCAGCCCCCAUCCCUCCGUUAGCUCUCGAAUGACCACAGUUUCUCUCGAUGAUACCAAACCGAAUCUUCCACCGCGAACCGCCCCCUCGCGGGCAUCCACGCGAAAUCCGGUCUUCACCGGCACCCCGCUCCUACGCCCUUCCACACCCAGUAUGGCUUCAGUAUCAGGGCUUUCAUACCAUAGCAGCUCGAGCGCGAAUGAACCAGGCAUGGAUGAGGAAGCUCUCUCAAACGCGAUUGUCGCAUCUUCUCUUGCAUCCGCGCGAGCAUCCCCUGCGACGAAGCUUGCCCCGCCGCCUCCUCCUUCACGACGACGAGCGCGGUCCCGGUCAAUACUACAAUUUGCACACUCUCCCAAGAGUGAUCUAUCACGGACGCCGAGUCCACCCAAGGGCAUGCCGAUGACGCUACGCGGCAUGCCGAAGGCCGAAGAAGCCGACGCCCGCCGCCGCCACAAGAUGAACCUGCUCCACAAACACCCCCACAAGCAUCAUGAAGGGGAUCGCAAACGAUGGAGGCGUGAAGUCACAGAGAAAGAGCGCAAACGCUACGAGGGCGUUUGGGCAUCUAAUAAGGGGCUGUUGAUUCCUCCUGACCGAAGGAAAACCGGAGGUGGGCCGAAUGGGGCCGAGAAAGGCCCGCCUGCGUCAGAAAUGGUGUUGAACCUGGUGGCGCGAGAGAUCUGGUCCCGCAGCCGACUGCCACCCGCCGUGUUGGCGCAGGUGUGGGAUCUGGUGGAUAGCCAGCAGAUCGGCCUUCUGACGAAAGAAGAAUUCGUGGUUGGAAUGUGGUUGAUCGACCAGCAGCUGAAAGGUCACAAACUACCCGUCAAGGUGCCUGAAACCGUGUGGGACAGUGUGCGGUAUGUGACGGGCAUUAAGCUUUCAUCCGUUGGGCCCAAGGGCUGA